AUGGCGGAGAACGAUGUAACCAUGACCGUGGAGGUUGAUCAGCCUAUUGCUUUACGGAGACAAAGAAGAAGUUGUAUUGGUCCAGAGACACUAUCACGAUCAACUUCCCGGGCUUCUACGCCGUCUAUGAUCGAGGUGUCAAUACCUUUACCCGCAACACCCAGAUCAAGAAAACCUAAGAAGAAGGUAAGGUAUUCCGACCCAGGUUCAAACCUUCUUCACGAAUCUUCUUCUGGCUUGACACCAUUCCUUCGAAAAUCUUCUCUCUCAUCUGCCAGAUCAAACCGUCGACAUUCAGCACCUGUAAAACGACUGCUCGAUCGUCGGCAGGACAACGAGCCAUUCUCCGGAGAAUUACAGUUUGCCCCACUACGACAAGUGUUGGAUGGCAGAGUUACAAGGCGGAUGAAAAGAAAUCGACUGAGUGAGGAGACCAACAAGAUUGACUGGGAGAAGAAACAUGAGGCUAAAGCAAGAAAAUCGGAAAUAUUUCGACUCAAGAAGGAAUUGGAGGAAAAGGAUUAUGAAUUACAGUGUAUCCAGGAUGAACAUGACGUUGCAAGCCAAUUAGGAUUCGAAACAGGCACAUCUAUUCGUGCAAACCCUGUCAUCGUGGAGAGGUUUCAGGAAAUGGAAAAAGAGAUUCAGGAGCUAAAAGCAGAGUUAUCACAAAAGGAAGAACGUUCGAACGCUCAACAUGACUGGCAAACUGGAACGCAGGAUCCGUUUGAUUUCGAUGACGAUGACGAUCAAAGUAUCAGUAUGAGUGUGGUCGGAGAUCAUGAUGCCUUUAAUAGACAUGAUGAUGAUACUGGCAUGGUGAUCGACUCUUCAUAUGACGACCAUAAGAUGGUAACUUUUGACGGUCCUUUUUCCAAUUCCGAUGACCUGACGAACACGCACAAUACUUCACUUCCUUCGCCACCUGCCACAAUAGCUGAUACAUAUUCACAAAAGCCUUCCCAUGCAUCAAUGUCGACACAAGCUGACUUCCCGGAUCCUCUCAAUGAAAAGCUCGAAGCUCAACUUCUUCACUUGCAAUCUCAGAUCAAGAGUCUUACUUCCACUUUGGCACUGAAUAAGGAUCAUGAAUAUCGUCUUUCCCAAAAGUUAAUGUCAUACAUCCCAUCUGAUCAAUCUCACGAUAGCUCGUCCCUCGACUCGGCACUUGAUUCGAUUCUUACAACUCUUACUAUUGCUCAAGCUCAGGCUCUUGAGAAGGAAGCAUCGUUCAAUGCUCUCUCAAACGAAGUAACCUCGUUAGGAUUCUCCACUGACCCAGAAGCCACCAUCAAGAUUAUUGUAGAACAAUUUCGCAAUGCAAGACUCGAGUACGAAUAUCUUAAUCCUGGAGAAGAAACCGAAGGGUUCGAAAACGACAAACUUUUGAGUAUGUUACUGGGACGUCUUAAGACUUUGGUCGAGAAAGCAAGAAAACAAGAUGAAACCAUCGAUCAGUAUCAUGCACAAGAAGUCAUUCUUAGACGACAACUGGCCGCUCGUAUUGAUGCAUUACAAGAUGUUCAAAAGGAAUUAUCCGCUGUUACAACCGCUGUUUCAAGGAUGAGUAAAGAACUCGCCGAAAACGAAAUUUCAAACUCACGUCUCCAAAGUGCACUGAAUGGAUACCGAAGUGAGGUCUCUGGGUUGGAGAAUCUCGUCGAGAAAAUCGAAAAGGAGCACAAAGUCGUCGAGGAUGAUUUGAAACGUGGAAUUCAUAACCUAGACGAUCAGCUCCAACACGAAAUUUUCAGGGCAAACGCAUUUGCUAUGGAGCUUGAAGGAAAGAACAUGAUUGUGGGCGAACUUUCGGCAAGAUUAACGGCUGCUUUGAAUACUUCUGCCACUCUCCGGGAUCUCCUCAAUGAGAAAGAUGGACAAAUACUUCUCUCAGAUCGGCGAAUCAGCGAGGAUUUAACAGAACGCGAUGAGAGAAUAGCACAGCUUCAGGAAGAACUGGAAAGAACAACAUAUAUCCUGAAGAACACUCAAAAGGCGGUUGAGAACUUGCGACAAGACAACUCAGAUUUGAAGACCGAAAACGAAGAUCUUGAGAACUGCGCAAAACAAUUGAAGGGGCUAGUCAGCAAGGAAAAGAGAAGAGGAAAGAAAGCUGUCAAUGGAUUGUUGAAAAAAAUCGCAAGUGUUGCGGAUUCCGCAAAGGGUUACAUGGAAAGUGAUAAUGAGUCCAGUGAGACGGAAGCUGGAGAAUUUACAAGGAAUCUGCAAAUCAAAGCCCCGAUUGUCAGGAAAGGUCAGUUUCUGGAUGCGACAAUGGCAAGAAGAAGAUCAGGUGGUAGAGUGGGAGCUAAUGGGAAGAAGAAGAGGAGAAGAUUUGAUAGUGGAUUAGGAUUUUUGGAGGAGGAAGAAGAUGAAGCUGAGGAUGAAGGAGAGGAGAGAGAGGAUACGUGCAGUAAGAGGGAGGAAGUGGAUUCACUUGCUUGA